AUGGAGAGCGUUCCACUGCUGGCGUACAGGCCGGGGAAGAAGCGAGCAUUGGCGAGGGAAGCGGCGGAGGAGUCCAAGAAGCUGUGGGGGAUCGUCGGCCCUGCCAUGUUCAUGCGGCUGGUGCUCUACAGCUUUGACAUCGUCAGCCAGGCCUUCGCUGGCCGCAUCGGCGACCUCGAGCUCGCCGCCUUCUCCAUCGCCAGCACCGUCGUCUCCGGACUUACGUUCGGCUUGCUGCUCGGAAUGGCGAGUGCUCUGGAAACGCUGGCCGGCCAGGCCUUCGGCGCCAAGCAGUACGCCAUGCUCGGCAUCUACCUGCAGCGCUCAUGGAUCGUGCUCCUGCUCUCCGCCGUGCUCCUCGUCCCGAUGUACGUCUUCGCGGCGCCGCUGCUGGCCGCGAUGGGCCAGCCGGCCGAGGUGGCGCGCCUGGCGGCCCAGCUCGGCGUGUGCAUGCUCCCUAUGCACUUCGGGUUCGCCCUCCUCCUGCCCAUCAACAAGUUCCUGCAGAGCCAGGGCAAGAACUGGGUCAUGGCGGCCACGGCGCUGGCGUCCUUCCCCGUGCACGUCGCCGCCACCUGGCUGCUGGUGGUCCGGUUCCGGUUCGGGGUGCUCGGCGCCGCCAUGGCUCUCAACGUCUCCUGGGGGCUCAGCUUGGUGGUGCAGCUCGCCUACGUCCUCGGCGGCGGGUGCCCCUUGACGUGGACAGGGUUCUCGCCAUUGGCGUUCGCUGACCUCUGCGGGUUUAUCAAGCUGUCCCUAUCAUCUGGUGUCAUGGUAUGCUUGGAGAAUUCAUACUACAAAGUACUGCUUCUGCUCACAGGACACCUGAAGAAUUCUCAGCUUGCUGUGGAUGCCCUUUCUAUCUGCAUGAGUUUUCAGGGAUGGGAGAUGAUGAUUCCUAUGGCCUUCUUAGCAGGCACUGGGGUGAGAGUUUCUAAUGAGCUUGGCGCGGGCAACGGAAAAGGAGCGCGGUUCGCGACGAUCGUGUUGACGACGAACUCCUUUCUGAUCGGCCUCUUCUUUAGCUUGCUUGCACUUGCCUUCCACGACAAGAUCGCACUCGUCGUUUCAUCAAGCAAAGCUGUGAUCGACGCGGUGGACAACCUCUCCGUUCUGCUAGCCAUCAGCAUCCUUCUAAAUGGCGUCCAACCUGUACUUUCAGGAGUUGCUGUCGGAUCAGGGUGGCAAGCACUAGUGGCUUAUAUAAACGUUGGAAGCUAUUACAUCAUUGGAGUUCCUGUUGGACUUCUGCUCAGUUGGCUCUUCAAUCUGGGAGUUCUUGGGAUUUGGGCAGGGAUGAUCGGUGGCACUGCAGUUCAGACAAUAAUUCUUGCGUAUAUUACCGUGCGAUGCGAUUGGGACGAGGAGGCUUCUAAAGCAAGUAAACACAUCCAAAGAUGGGCAGGCUCGAAAUGAGUUGGAGUGCCAAUGCCCUCAUCUCAAGGAGCGAUUGAUGAAGAUUAUCCUAGAUGGCCAUUUUCUGAAUGGAAGUUUUAGUUGAAUCUUCGACAGGUAGUACCAAUAUGAAUACGUACGUGAUCCUUACUACACCAUGAGGAAGUCGGGCAGCUCAUGGACUAUGGGUGCAACUAAGAGAGAUGGCAGCAUAGGACAAGUACAACCUAUUUGUACGACGGUUCAAAUAUUAGGCUAUGUGUGUAGGCAUAUGUUCAUAUUUUCACGUUAUCCGCACUUGUACUUCAAUACAUGAACU